AUGGCUGCACGAUUCUCACGUCCGUUAUUGCGUCGCAUUGGUGUCAAGUCCACUGCAGGGAUAUCAAGUAACUUUUUGGUAUUUCGAACACUUGCAAAUGCGACGAAGAGCAGCAAUGAUGUUUUAAAGGUGGAUUUUAAGCGUUGGUUGAAGAAAGAGGUUGUGUUGUUGGCAUUUAUGGUGACAGCUGGAGCUACCGGUGUCCAUUUCUAUCAGCACCGUGAAAAUGCACCGGUAAAGCAGGUUGAACACUUGGUGAAGCAAGCAGAACAAAGUGUGGAAGAGGGAGAUCGAGAACAGGCACUUAAGCAUUGUCUGCACGCGUAUGACGUCGUCAAGAGCAUUAAUCCGCAUGAUCGCCAUUUGUUCGAGUUGGCGUUUGCUAUUGCUGCACAUUACGAGACUUUGGGAAGAGGAACGCGUGCAACACAGUAUUACCUUGACGCGUUGGAGCACAAUUUGCGCGAGACAAAAGCCGCCAAGAGGGAGCGAAACUGCGUGGUCACACUCGACCGUAUCGCACAAUCCUACGAGAACAGGGGGCACACGAUGACUGCGGAGAGGUAUUACAAGCAGUCUAUCAGCGCCUACGACCAAAAUCGAGGACGGCGAGAGCUUUCGAAGGCGCCAAGAAGCGAGGUUGCGGACCUCGCAGCACUUGACCGAGAAAUUGCCGCCGUGCUGUAUAACUACUCGCAACUGCUAAUGACCAACAAGCGCUGGAACGAAGCUAGCGAUACGUUGCAGCGCGCCAUGACGCUUGCACGGAAGUCCUCGCUCUCCAAGGAGUACGUGGACCUCAUUGAAGGUGCCAUUGCAAGUGUCAAGUCAAACAGGGCAACAGAAAAAAUCGAUGUGGACCAGAAGUGA